AUGGAGGGCGAGCAUGAGGAGGCCUGGCUGACGGAGGCCGGGCUGGCCAACCUGUUCCAGGAGUCGGUGGCGGAGGACUCGGACGCCUCGGAGGACUCCAAGGUCAUGCUGUCGACCUUGACCCGCACGCAGGCGGCCGCCGUGGAGAAGCGCGUGGAGCUGCUGAAACAGACGCUGCGCAAGCGCAACAAGCAGUACCACGCGCCCGACGUCAGGGAGAUCUUCAAGCCGCCGCCCACGACAGCCUCGACGGGGGACGACUCAGACCGCACACAACAGCUGCCGGGUGAGGAGUCGGAGGCUGUGGAGAGAAGUGAGAACGGGAAGCGGGAUGUGGCCUCCUCUGGUGAUGACUCCGUCGGGAACGGAGCCUGUCCUGCCCCCGCUGCCCCCGCUGCCCCCUCGCCACCCGACGCCGAGACGGAGACGCACCUGAACCUGGAGGUGUCCUUCGCAGAGCAGGCCCUGAACUACCGCGAGCGGCGGGCGAAGGGCACCGAGCCGCACAACGACAGGGAGAGCGACGCAGACGACAGAGUGCCGAAUUUCAAGGUGCCGCCGGACAAGACGGGCCACACGCGGGUGGGCGACCUGGCGCCGCAGGACAUGAAGAUGGUGCGGCGGCUGGUGCUGAUCGAGAUGACGGCGCUGUACGACACCGCACGCAUCGACUGGAAGUCCAACAAGGUCAUCAAGCAGAAGGAGAAAGAGUCGGGCAUCUUUGGGGUUCCCCUGGCGACGCUGGUAGAACACGACCAGAGGAGGGUUCCAGGGACCAAAGUUCCUCUCAUACUCACCAGGCUCCUCAGUCAUAUCGAGGAGGAGGGUCUGGACACUGAGGGACUGCUGCGCAUCCCCGGAGUGGCCAUACGAGUCAAGGCGCUGUGUCAGGAGCUGGAGGCCCGCUUCUACGAGGGCACGUUUCCCUGGGAGACGCUGAAGCAGCACGACGCCGCCAGCAUCCUCAAGUUCUUCAUCCGAGAGCUCCCGCACCCCCUGCUCACCGUGGAGUACCUCAGCGCAUUCAUAUCCGUACUCAAGUUGCCCACGAAGAAGCAGCAACUUCAGGCCCUCAACCUCCUGGUGCUGCUGCUGCCAGAAACCAGCAGAGACACACUCAAGGCCCUGAUGGAGUUCUUCCAGAGGGUGAUCGACCACAAGGAGCAGAACAAGAUGAGCCUAAACAACGUGGCCGUCGUCAUGGCGCCCAACAUCUUCAUGUUCAAAGGCUUCCGCAGCAAGGUCUCCGAGCAGCAGGAGUUCUCCAUGGCAACCGGCACCGCCAGCAUCGUGCGACUGCUCAUCCAGUACCAGGACCUCCUUUGGACGAUCCCCAAGUUCAUCAUCAACCAGGUGCGCGUGCAGAACACGGAACGCCAGAAGCAGAAGAGGGCGGGCAAGGAGAAGGGCAUGAAGAGGCUGCUGAAGAAGAUGACCCACGACCGAGACAAGGCCGAGAAGCAGGAGAGACACAUCGCCACCACAGAGCUGUGUGUCUGUGAAGAGAGAAGAUCUGUAUCUUUACGAGAUCGGAGGAAACAUUAAGGAGCGCUGCCUGGAUGAGGAGGCGUACAUGAAGGCCCUGCUGGAGCUCAACCCCAGUGCGGAGUGGGUGAUCCGGGCCAGCCAGCGCUAGGACAACAUCCCACCCCCCCAACCAGCGCUAGGACAACCCCCCUCCUGGAGCUCCAACACUACCAGAGUGGGUGAUCCGGGCCAGCCAGCGCUAGGACAACACCCCCCCCCCCCCCCCCCGACAACUCCAACCAGCGCUAGGACAACACCCCCCUCUCCCCCCCGACAACUCCAACCAGCGCUAGGACAACACCCCCCCUGGAGCUCCAACCCGGAGCUCCACACUACCAGAGUGGGUGAUCCGGGCCAGCCAGCGCUAGGACAACACCCCGCCUCUCCCCCCCGACAACUCCAACCAGCACUAGGACAA